AUGGCCAUGGCUAUCGGACGCUACCAUAUCCGACGCCUGGGUCUACACGGGGUCAAGCCUGGCUGGAGACGAGGGAAAUCUCUUGACAAUUUUAGGCAGAGAUCGCCGCAGAUCCAGGAAGCACUCUUCUUGGACGACCCUUCCGGGCGACGUCUGGACAUGGCCGACUUGAAGUCUUUCGUCACGACAGACGAGGACGGCACGGUCAGCGGCCGCUACAACGAUGCCCGCCUGACGCGGAAUCAGUUCCGGGCUCUUGCGUCCAACGACACAGGCGAUGAGCCUGAAGGCGUUCUACCGUCCGACACUACUCUGGACCCCGAGGCUUUCAUCAAACUCCUUGGUCCCCUUUUUGCGGACGCGCACAAGAAGGACAUACUUGCAGUUCUGAAAAGAUGUACUACAUUCGCCUUCACGAACUCGGCCUUGUAUGUCCGUCUGCCCUCCGAACGCCCCGAUGCCAUAGUCCAUCGAAUCGCCAAGGGCGACAUCCACAAGGAUCUGCUGGCCGAGAAAGACAAGCACCUCUACAACACUUAUAAGACCGGCUUGACGGUCUAUGGGGCCAGUCACGCAGCUGAGGUCGAGCAAGAACAGGCCAUGAUUGAUGAGCGUGCAGAAUACUUGGCUGGAUUCCCCAACAUCAAGAACUACGUCCAGGAUUGCAACAACGCCCUCCAGACAUGGCUUCGGCCUGUUCGUGUUCUCCCAGACUCGCCCGACUCGCCUCAGCAAAAUGGGGAACAACCAGCAGGUGACCUUCGCCUUUCACUGUACAUUGGCACCGGACCUAAAGUCAAUCGGGUGGACCGCGCCUCGUUCGUCAUUCCAGACUCCUCUGUAAGCAAAGCUCGCAGAAUCCGUGGUAAGUCCCCAGUUCCCGAGACUGCUCUCCUUGGCAUGGCCGCCUCCGCUUCGUCAGCGCCCCUGCAUCCGGAUGAACAGGAGACUCUCGUGCCAGAAAUCGAUCCGGACGAAGAGGUGCUUUACGUGGCCAUGGGAAAGCAAGUCAUCAAGAAAAAGCCAUUUUGCCGUUUCCCGUGCGCGAAGAAGGGCAAACCCCGCUUCAUCUUGAAGAACAACCUGACGAAAACACCGACAGGCAGCAAGGCCCAAAUGAAGAAAUGGAAGGAGACGCCGUACGUCAAGAACCCCAUCAAGAUCCGUGUGGAUCGCUUGAAAUGGAAGAGGAACUUGAAAGACUUCAUCGGUGUCGACGAGGAUGCGACGGUCAAGAUCCUCACCGAAGAUGGCUUGCUGCCAGACUGGACUCGCAUGACGUGUCCUUUCUGCAACCUGGGGGCUGUCUCCGGCCUUCAGUCCCGCGGACGGUUGACUCCAAGGUACCGCUGCAGACGCAAAGCCUGUCACAAGUUCAUCCUUCCCCAACAUUUACAUCCCAUCUUCACAUCAACUAUGGGGCCGGAAGGACACUCACUCGCCUUGCAAGCCAGUGCCCUCCUUCUUCGACUUGCAGGCAUGCCACUCAGCUCCAUCCACAUCGUCCUGGAUAUCAACCACAAAGCUCUGGAGAGAAUGGAGAAGAACCUUGCCACUACAAGGAAGUCUUUCGUAGAAAGAGAGCAAGCGCGCAUGGUGCUCGGCAGUGGCAAGGGCACGAAGUGGACGGAGGUGGAAGCCGAUGAGGCGGUCUUUGACAAGUACUUGAUCCCGGCAGAGGAUGCUCCCAACCCUGACAAAGCCAUGAAGUGGGACCAGUGGUUGGGCAUAGUGCCCCGUGGGAAGCCGUCAUCUCUGCUCUUGUUCCGAUUGCGUUCCUUGAUCACACACAAGAGAGCCCCAGGCCCCGGAGCCGUGCGAAAGGAUGAUUGGGUCAAGAUCGCAAACAAGUGGCUCAAAGACCGCUCGAUCAUCCUGCACACCGACAGUGCCCGGAGCUAUCGGAGUAAGAUCCGUGGGGUGCUUCACGAUGCUGUUGUUCAUCAGAAGAAGAAGGUGCUCCGUGGAGGAAAAAUGGUCUGGCAGCCCCCCACCUUCGUUCGCCUGGCAAAGCACAAGCUCCCUGAUGGGCGCAGAAUCACCGUCAAGGCCGGCACACAGGUAAUUGACAGGGCUUGGCGCUUCCUGAAG